AUGUUUGAAACAAAUUACUCUGAAGUGUCUCAAUUUGUGUUGCUGGGACUUUCUACCUAUAGACAAGUGCAGCAUUUUCUCCUUGCUUUCUCUACCGUGUUUUAUGUAACAAUUGUUUUGGGAAACCUUUUUGUUGUGUUUACAGUGACUUUUGACCCAUAUUUACAUUCCCCCAUGUACUUCCUUUUAGCCAAUCUCUCAUUCAUUGAUUUGUGCCUUUCUACCUUAACAGUUCCUAAGAUGAUUCAUAACCUAUGCUCUGGGCACAAAACCAUAUCCUUUCAGGGCUGUGUCAUCCAGAUAUUUGCCCUUCAUGUCCUGGGUGGAUCCGAGAUGAUCCUGCUCAUCGCCAUGGCCUUGGACAGAUAUGUGGCCAUAUGCAAGCCCCUCCACUACCUGACUAUCAUGAGCCCAGAGAUGUGCAUUUUGCUUCUGUCCGGUGCUUGGGUUAUUGGCCUCAUUCAUGCAGUGGUCCAGGUAGCUUUUGUUGUCCAUUUGCCUUUUUGUGGUCCUAAUGAGAUAGAUAGCUUUUACUGUGACCUUCCUUGGUUUAUCAAACUUGCCUGCACAGACACCUACAGAAUGGAAUUCAUGGUUACUGCCAAUAGUGGGUUCAUUUCCAUGGGCACCUUCUUCUUAUUGCUCAUCUCCUAUAUCUUCAUUCUGGUCACUGUAUGGAAACGUUCCUCAGGUGGUUUGUCUAAAGCCUUUUCUACUCUGUCAGCUCACAUCACUGUGGUGGUUUUGUUCUUCGCACCAUGCAUCUUUGUUUAUGUGUGGCCAUUCCCCACAGUGCCAGUGGAUAAAUUUCUUGCCAUUUUGGACUUUAUGAUCACACCCAUUCUGAAUCCCAUUAUCUACACAUUGAGGAACAAGGACAUGAAGAUGGCAAUGAAAAGACUGAGUAGUCAAUUCCUGAAUGCAAAAGAAGUUUCAGACAUGCUGCUUGCUUUACAGUAGCUUAGCAACUUUUUCACCUUUUACUUCUGGCUUUAUCCAAGAGGGGUUAUUCAAUUUUAAGAAUCUCUACAAGAGGCAUUAGCACAUUCUAUUAAAGCAUGUUUGAAAUUCUUAGCUAUAAUUCAGAGAAUUUU